UAUGAUGUCACAGCAAGACAGCGGCUUCUGUUGAGAACUAUUAUCAUGUACAGGACUUCCCCUGAUAACUGGUGCAGUUCCUAGUCAGUUGUCAAGAUGUUGGCCGCCUUACUGCUCAUCUUGACCUCCGCUAGCAGUUCACAAGACAUUUGCCAGCUGUGUGAUUGUCUGCCCAGAGGUGAUAACCCAGUCCAAGCCUUCUGUGUUGAUAACAGUUUUGGUGAUAAGGAGUUUUCACUGGCCACUUCAUCUCAAGCUUCCACUCUCCAACUUGUGUAUAUUAAUGGUAUUAAAACAGUGAACUUUGGACUGAAUUCAUUUCUAACAGAAAAACCUCUUGAUCUUCUAAUUCAAAACUGUUCUGAAGUUAACAUUUACAACAACUCUAUCAAUCAUCUCCGUUCGCUUGUGAUACAAAACAUAAAAUCAGUGAAGGUGGGAGCUCUUAGUCAACCAGACCUGUGGUCAGUAAUACUUGAGAACAUUGAUCUGCUGACCUUGGAUGAAGCCAUCAGUUUUAAUGCCAACUAUACUGUCAAAAUUGGUAAUGUUGGUUCACUCACUGUUCUGGGCACUCAAGAAGAAAGGAACUGUUUUGAAAACUUGGAGUUGCAAUUUACAUUUUUUGACUGUGUGUUUAACCCAAUACCAGAGGGAGGACUGAUAAUUUGUGGCAAUCACAUCAAACUAGAAAAUAACACAUUUGAAUCUGUAGCUGAAGGAGGUUUCAAAAUCACGGCAGAAUCCAGUAUCAAGAUUGUAAAUAACCACUUCAAGCAUCUCAACAAGAAGGUGUUUAACCUCAGUUCUCCGGGAAUAUACAUCAGUGGCAACAACUUUGACAUUCUUCCUGCUGGAGCUUUAAGUGACGUUUCUACACUUCAAGACACGUUCUUCACAAACAACACAAUCCAAGAUGUAGACCUAGGUGGUGUAUUGUUAGACAUGGGCUGGGGAAUGACGAUAGAGAAUAACUUAAUCAAUUGUGACUGUGCUUCAAAAAGAACAAGUAUUUUGAAUCCAAAGCAAGAUAUGCUGAUUCUAACAAACUCUUCUCAUGAAAUAUUACAAAGUAUUUUCUUCAACAACUACUGCAGCUUAGACUGUACAGUGUCGUUGAAAGAUUUCAGUUAUGCUUUGAUUCAAGGAGACGUCUGUCUCACAAACAACACUCGAUUGGAGGAGGAAAAAUUGUGUGAUAUGAACAUUCUACCAGAUUAUGUGACAGAAAGUGAAACUGAAAGUUCCCCAGUCUCUGAGGCCACCAGGGUAGAGUUGUUAGUUCCUCUCAGUAUUAUCUUAAUUAGCUUACUUGUGAUAAGUUCAGCUUGCUAUGGUGUAAAGGAAAUGAAAACAUUUAGGUUUUUUUUCAACCCCCAUAGAAACUUAGAUCCAAAGCUUUCAUCAGAACUACCAAGUAUUCCUGGAGCUGGAAAUAAUCAGUAA